AUGACUUUCAGCAUCAUCUUCAUCUGGACACUCACAGUGUUUGCUCAAGAGUGUAGAGGACAGUACACUGUUACUCAGAGUCCAUCAAUAACAGCAGUUCAACCAGGACAAAGUGUUCAAAUAAACUGUAAAGUCAGCAGUGGAGUGUAUAGUAAUGUCUUACACUGGUACUUACAGAAACCUGGAGAAGCUCCUAAACUCCUCAUAUAUUACAUAAAUACCCUCUACACUGGAGUAUCAUCUAGAUUCAGUGGCAGUGGAUCAAACACAGAUUUUACUCUGAGCAUCAGUGGAGUUCAGACUGAAGAUUCAGGAGAUUAUUACUGUCAGAGUUAUCACAGUGGUGGUGUGUUGACACACUCACUGAGAGCACUGAGCUCCACUCCUGCUCAGAGAGAGUCAGACUGCUGCUCCAGCUGUACAGACCGUCCUUCUCCAGGAGCCCAACACUGCUGUCCUGAGAUCUGCUGCUCCCGUCCACCUUCCACAUCACACUCCACAACAAGAACAACUAUGACUUUCAGCAUCAUCUUCAUCUGGACACUCACAGUGUUUGCUCAAGUGUGUAGAGGAGAGUACACUGUUACUCAGAGUCCAUCAAUAACAGCAGUUCAACCAGGACAAAGUGUUCAAAUAAAGUGUAAAGUCAGCAGUGCAGUGUAUAGUAAUUACUUACACUGGUACUUACAGAAACCUGGAGAAGCUCCUAAACUCCUCAUAUAUAACACCAAUAGCCUCCAGUCUGGAGUAUCAUCUAGAUUCAGUGGCAGUGGAUCAAACACAGAUUUCACUCUGAGCAUCAGUGGAGUUCAGACUGAAGAUUCAGGAGAUUAUUACUGUCAGAGUUUUCACGUUCCUAGUGGCUAUGUGUUGACACAGUGA